AUGGCAGGCAACGAACGACAGCAGCAGCAACUGCUGCAGCAGCAACUGCUGCAGCAGCAGUUGCAACAGCAACGACAACAAAUGCCGAGCCAGCACCUUCAGCAGUGGCAAGCUGCAUUACAGCAGCAACAGCAGCCACCACAGCAGCUGCCUCCUCCACCCCCUCCGCGGCAGCAGCAGCAGCACCAGCAGCCUCCCCAACGGCAGCCUCCCUGGGGGCAGCAGCAGCAGCGAGCGCAGCAAGAGCUACAGCAACAUAAACUGCAGCAGCACCAACUGCAGCAACUGACCGCAACCCCACAGACAGCGCAGCAACAGACAUGGCAGCAGCAGCAACUUCAGCCGCAUCCGCAGCAGCAACAGCAGCAGCAUCAGCAGCAGCAGCAACAGCCCUGGAGGCAGCAACAGCAUACCACUGCGCCGCCUCUACCACCGGGGCUUCCCGGUCUGCAAAACCAACUGCAACAGCAACAGCAACAGCUGCAGCAGCUGCAGCUGCAGCAGUUGCAGCAGCAGCAGCUGCAGCAACAACAGCUGGAACAACAGCUGCAACAACAGCUGCAACAGCAACAGCUGCAACAGCAACAGCUGCAACAGCAACAGCUGCAACAGCAACAGCUGCAGCACCAGCAGUUGCAGCAGCAGCAGCGACAACAGCAGCAGUUGAAGCAACAACAACUGCAACAACAGCAGUUGAAGCAGCAGCAGCGGCAGCAGCAGCAGUUGAAGCAGCAACACCUGCAGCAGCAGGUGCAGCAACAGCAACAGCAACAGCAACAGCCUCCUCUUGCCUAUCCUGGUGUUCCUCCGGGGCUUCAUCCACCUGUUGAACCUCAGACAAGGCAGCAGCAGCAGCAACAGCAACAACAGCAGCUGCAGCAGCAACAGCAGCUGCAGCAGCAAUUGCAGCUGCAACAGCAACUGCAGCUGCAGCAGACAUUGCAACAGCAACAGCAGCAGAAGCUGCUGCAGCAGCUGCAGCAGCAACAGCAGCAGCAACGGCAACAACAACUGCAGCAGCAACAGCCGCUGCAGCAGCAACAGCAACAGCAUCAGAAACAGCAACUGCAGCAGCAACAGCAACAGCAUGAGAAACAACAACUGCAGCAGCAACAGCAACUGCAGCAACAACAGCAGCUGCAGCAGCAACAGCAACUGCAGCAGGAACAGCAAUUGCAGCAGCAGCAACUGCAGCAGCAGGAAGCCAACAGCCGCGUUCCACCGUGGCAGUGCACUUCGCGGUUAAACGAAAGACAGCCCUUGUUGCAGCAGCAAUUGCAGCACCAGCAGCAAAAGCAACAGCAGCAGCAGCUGCAGCAGCAACAGCAGCAGCAGCUGCAGCAGCAACAGCAGCUGCAGCAGCAACAGAAACAGCAGCAGCAACAGAAACAGCAGCAGCACCAGCACCUGCAGCAACAACAGCAGCUGCAGCAACAACAGCAGCUGCAGCAACAACAGCAGCUGCAGCAACAACAGCAGCUGCAGCAACAGCAACAGCUGCAGCAACAGCAACAGCAGCAGCAGCAACAGCAGUUGCAGCAGAAACAGCAGCAAGCGCUCCAGGGAAGUGGCAGAGAACGCCUGCUUAAACGCCGACAGGAGCAGCAGCAGGUUCAGCAGCAGCAGCAGCAGCAGCAGCUUCAGCAGCAGCAGCAGCAACUGCAGCACCAGCACCAGCAGCAGCUUCUCCAGCAACAGAUACAGCAGCAGCAGCUUAAGCACCAGCAGCAGCAACAGGUGCAGCACCAGCAGCAGCUGCUGCUUCAGCAGAAGCUGCAAGAGCAGCAGAAGCUUCAGCAGCAGCAACAGGUCCAAUACCAACCGCCGCAGGGACAGCAGGUGCAGCAGCAGUAUCAGCAGCAGGUAGGGCAACAGCAGCAGCGGCAUCUUCGUCAGCAGCAGCACUUGCAGCAGCAGCAACAGCAGCAGCAGCAGACAGCGCCCGUGUUUAUGGGUACCUCUGUUGGGGGCCUACGCAGAGAAGGCGUCCCUCAUCAUCAUCAUCAUCAGCAGCAGCUGCUGCUGCGGCCAAUGCAGCAGCAGCAGCUGCAGCUGAAGCAGCGGGAACUCAGAGACAGCAGCAGCAGCAGCAGCCGUGGCCGCAGGAGUGCAUGCGUUGUGUUAGUGCAUGCAUUAAGAUAUUUGCUGCCGUUGCUGCUGCAGCAAAACACUGCAGCGCAGCAGGAGGUGCUGAGGCAGCUUGUUGCCUUACUAACUGUUGCUGCUAGACGGCGGAUCGUGCCAUUCAAGCAGCAGCAGCAACAGCAGCAGCAGCAGCAGCAGGUGGAUCUAGAUGCAUGCACGGAGCUUGUAGAGGAGCUACCUGACGGCUGUAUAGCUGUGCGUGUGGGGGCGCUGCGUGGCUUGCUGCUGCUUGCUGCUGCUGAUGUGCUGCAGGAGGAGGAGACUGUCUCUUCUCUGCAGCGGGACACUUUCCCUCCUGCUGCUGCCCAUCCUUUUGUGUCGCUGCAGCGGCAGUCUGCUGCAUGUUAUGCUGCUGCGUCCCCUCGUCAGGUUGCAGCAGCAGCAGCUGCUGCUGCUGCUUCUGCUGCAGCAUCGGCAGGAGGAGCUGGUAGGGAGAGGUUGUCCCCAAUGGAGGCUGCAGCAGCAGCAAUAGAGAUGCAGCAGCAGCAGCAACUGCAGGAGCUGCAGCAGCUAGGUGCUAGCCAGCUGCAGCACAUAUUUAGAUUGCCUCUUUGCUGCGGCUUCUUGCUGCUGUGUCUUGAUGAUCAAUCGGAGCCUGCAUGCAUGCAGGGUUUGCUGCUGCUGCUGCCUGCAUGCGCUAGUAGAAGCAGCAGCAACAACACUACCUACACCUACACCAACAACAGCAACAGCAGCAGCAGCAGCAGCAGCACCGCAUGCACCAUUGCAUGCAUAGCUCGGGUGUCUCAGCUAUAUGCAGCAGCAGAUAGACAAGAAGCAUUCAAGCUUCUCUCUCAUCCUUUCUCUCGUUCUGCUGCUGCUGUCUUGGGGGCCCCCCUUAAAUUAUUACCAUUAAGGGAGGCCCUGCUGCGUUUGCUUAUUUGUGCUGCACCUAAGCAUCCAGCGCUGCAGCACAUCGUAGCAGCAGCAGCGGCGGCAGCAAUAGCAGCGGCGGGGGGGAAGACGGACGCGGGAAGUGGUGUUGCUGCUGCUGCAGCAGAUCUGGCUGGGGCGCUGAUGGUAGAUGCGGGAACAGCAGCAGCAAGAAGCAUCAGCAGCAGCAGCAGCAGCAGUUGGCGCAGCACAACUCCUGUGCAGCAACAGCAGCAACUGCAGCAGCAGCAAAUGGUAUUGCAACAACUGCAGCAGCAGCUUCUCCUACAGUUGGAGUCCUUGGGGUGUCUUGAUGCUGCUCGUCUAGCUUGGGGGGCUCGUGCUGCUGCUGUUUUCCCCUUAGAUGUGCAGCAGCAGCAGCAGUUGCUGCUGCUGCAGUUCCCUAUAUUAGAAGGACUGCAGCAAAGCCUUAGCCUCAUAGCCCUUACAUACACAGCGCAGCGGGGGCUGCUAGCUAGAGCAGAGCACCUCCGCAGAGGAUUAAACAAGCAGCAGCAGCAGCAGCAGCAGCAGCAGCAGCAGCGACAGCAGCAGCAGCGACAGCAGCAGCAGCGACAGCAGCAGCAGCGGCAGCAGGAAGGGCUUUUAUUCCCCUACCUACCCACAAAUUCACGGACAACAGCAUUAGCAAGAGUUGCUGAUCCAGUAGCCUUUCUACCUGUUACGAGGUACACUGGCCGCAGCAGCAGUAGCAGCAGCAGCAGCAGCAGCAGCAGCGGCCCGAUAGAUGACGGCCGCAGCAGCAGCGACAAUACCUCAAGUAUUGAGCACAGCAAAGACGCCUUUAAGGAUUUAUCUGCCUUAGCAGAGGCGCUGUGGCCUAUAAUGGGGACUCCGAGUUGCUGCUGCUGCUGCUGCAGCAGCAGCAGCAGCAGCAAUGGCUGCAGCAAGGACUGUACUAUCUGCAGCGGCAAGUGGCUCUGCAGCGCAGAGGCUUGGCUGCUGCUGCAUCAGGAUAUUCCGUGCAGGUCGUCUGCUUUGCUGCAGUCUCUUCGUGUUGCUGCUUCUGUAUGUAGGGGCAAUGUUCUUGCUGCCAGCAACAGCAGCAGCAGCAGCAGCAACAGCAGCUCUGCAGGCAGCGAACAGCGACCAUUGUGGAUGACCGAUUCUCUGCUGGAUGCCCUUAAGCUGUUUCCUGCUGCAUCUACAAUGCAUGCAGAGCAGCAAAAGCAGCAGCAGAAGCAGCAGCAGAAGCAGCAGUCAGCUGCUGCAGACAUCCUGGGGAAACGGAAGGCAGGAUGGAUUGGCGCAGCGCAAGAAGGAGAAGCAGGGGAGCUGCAGCAGCAGCAGCGGCAGCGGAAGCGGCCAUGCCCAUCGUCAGCAGCAGGAGCAGGUGCAGCAGCAGUACCAGCUGCAGUAGCACAAGACGUCGCCGAUGGGUCUGCCCUUGCUGCUGCAGCAACUCCUGCUGCUGCUGCUGCCGCUGCUGCUGCCUUGAGGGAAGGCAUUAGGAGGAGGCGCGGCAGAUCUGCUGCUGUAUACUGGGCGCCUGCGGAGACAGAACUUGCUGCUGUGUGGCUGCUGCAGCAGCUGCAUGCAGCAGCAGCAGCAGCAACUCAUGCUGCUCCUCCUGAUGCUGCUGCUGCUAGUUUCAUUGCUCCUGUUGGGCUGCAUGUUCGUCGCGGGGCUGCAUGCGCAGCCGAUGAUGAGGAUGACUGCAUCGCAGCAGCAGAAGCUAGCAGCAGCAGCAGCAGCAGCCGCACGGGUCUGCCAACAGCAAAUCCAACACAGCAUGACUGUCGCCCUCCUCGUGUCAGGUUGCUGCUGCGGCUGGUGCAGCCCCGUGCUGCACUUCGUGCUGCAGCACGCCUCUCUGCUGCAGCAGCGCUCCUGCAGACGGACGCCUUUGCUGCUGCAGCGCAGCAGCAGCUGUUGCCACGUUCCUGCAGUGAGGGCGCAUUCAGGACGCGCGCUGCUGCUGCUGCGGGAGUCGCAGCGGGCGAAGCAGCAGCAGCUGCCGCCGCCGCAGCAGCAGCAGCAACUAACGUGGCGGCGGCGGCAGCAGCAGCAGAGGAUGUGGCGCCACACCGAGUAGCAGCAGCAGGGGCAAGGCUGCAGGCAGUAGCAGCAACAGCGCUGCUGCAUGCAGAGCAUUUACCGCUGCAGACAGGGGCCUUGCUGCCCCACUGGCAGCUGCUGCAGCUGCUGCCGCAGCAACAGCAGCAGCAACACCUUGAUCGUAUGGUGACAGCAGCAGCACUACCUCCGCCAGAAGCGCUGCUGCAGCAGGCACCCGCAUCUGCUGCUGCUGCAUGUGUUACUUCUGCUAGUACCUCCAGCCUCCAACAGCAACAACGACGGCCGCUGCAGCAGCAGCAACGGCUGCACCAGCAGCAAAGGCAGCAGCAGCAACGGCAGCAACGGCAGCAGCAGCAGCAGCAGCACCUGACUAGACGAAUAAAACUACAGGGGCCUGAAUGGCGGGCAGACUUAGCAGCAGCAAUGGCUGCUGCUGCUAGCAGCGACAGUGCAUCUGCUGCGCUGCUGCCAGCAGCAGCAGCAACAGCAGCAGCACGUGUUGCUGGUUGUAUUAUUGAUGAUGGCAGCAGCAGCUUAGUUGGCUGCUGCUCUAUCGAGAUGCAGCCGCAGCCGCUGCAGUUUUGCUGCAGCAGUGGAUCUUGCUUGCUGCUGCAGGUCUCGAUCUGCAUACAGCAGCAGCAGCAAAAGCAACAGCAGCAACAGCAGCAGCAGCAGCUGAAGUCGCUCUUCAUAUGCGUACACAACGCCGCUCCGGUGUCUCUUCCUUGUGCUGCUGCAGAGUGUUCAGCAGCAGCAGCAACAACAGCAGCAGCAGCAGCAGCAGCGGCUCAGCCCUAUGGGCUUAUGGAGGCAGCAAAGAAUGGCUGCCACCAGAGCCUCCUCUCUGCUGUUGCGUUUAAACCCCAGGCAUCUGCAGCAGCAGCAGCAGCAACAGCAGCAGCAACAGCAGCAGCAGCAGCAACAGCAGCAGCAGCUGCUGCUGUUGCUGAUCCUGCUGCUGUUUCUGCUGGUCAUUCCAAAGGCAUUACUGCUGGGGAUAAGCUUGGAGGGAGUCUCUUUCCCUUCCUACCAGCCAAGAAGCGUCGAACAGCCCGCAGCAGCAACCCCAUGAGCAGCAGCUCUACCAGCAGCAGCAGCAGCUGCAGCAGCAGCUACAUCAGCAGCUACAACAGUUACAGCAGCAGCAGCAGCAGCAGCAGCAAGGAGAAUUGUUUCUUAUACUCUGUCCCUAUAGAAAGUUGGAGAAAGAGACCCAAGAGACCGUCGUUGCUGCCGUCAGCAGAGGAAAUAGCUAAACGCUGCAGCAGCAGCAGCAGCAGCAGCAGCAGCAGUGCCUGCAGCAGCAGCUGCAAAGGCAGCAGCAGCGAAGGGGCCGCGGCUUCUGCUGCUGCACAGGGAAGAAGAGACAUGGAGGCGGUCGUAAGCAUCCCUGUGGGGUUUGCAGGACCAACCUCAGGCAGCAUACCUAUUGAAAUAGCGGUGUGCUGCUUGGAGAGGCCUCCAGGCGGGGAGGCCCCUGAACUUAGGCAGCAGCAGCAGCAGCAGCAGCAGCAAGAGCUGCAGCUGCUGCAGGAAACAGGAGCUGACUGCUGCUGUGCUGCAGGUGAGCCGCUGCCCCCAGCUAGCCAGAGCAUGCAGCUAGCCAACACUGCAGUAGAGUUGUUGCUGCUGCUGCUCCUCCUGCUACAGGAGUACCUGCUGCAGCUGCAAUUCAUGCUGCAGCAGCAGCAGCAGCAGCAAUAA